ACAGUGAUCAGCAACUCCCACGACCAACCUGGCAUCAAGUGUUUUAAUGUCGCGUUGCAUCCACCAACUGUCAAUGUUGUCAACGUAUGGACAUUUUUGUUUGUUCAACAAGAUCCCAAUAUCAAGCUGGGCAGUGAGAGAUGCUUAUGAGCAGCAUAUUAACUUAAGCUCUUACUACCAUGGAUAACAUGGACAAUGAGCAGGCUUGGGAAAUAUUGCUUCAUGGGUAUCUUCAAAUAAUAUCACUCUCGUUUCUGUACUGGGACCAUCUGAUAACCAUCGAUGAUGAACUCCGUCUACUCUGGAGUAAACCGAAGACAUUUGGUUCUUAUUUAUUUUUCACCAAUCGAUAUCUGGCGUUUUUCGGAAACAUAACUGUCGCUAUCUUAGGAUUUACGGCAUUAUCAACAACGAGUUGUAACAAAUACGCGCUUUAUCGCCAAAUCCUGCUCGUUGUUAGCCAAAUCGUCGUAUGCGCCCUGUUGACCAUGCGUAUUUAUGCAUUGUAUACAUGCAACAUCAGGGUAUUAAUGUACAUGCUCGGGAGCGGAGUGAUACUCUUUGCAGUGUCUUGUUGGUCUCUAACGGACCAGAAAAGCGACCGAUGGAAGGAUUCCGGAUGUCAUAUCGGUUUGUCUCGCGUAACAGCCAUCCGUGUCGCGACUGCAUGGGAGGCGCUCUUCAUCUACGACUCGAUGCUUUUCUCCCUCACCUUUUACACGGCAUAUAAAAAUAGAACAGAAAAUAUACCCCUUUUGUACCUCGUUUUUAGAGACGGAGUCAUUUAUUAUGCGGCUAUGGCGCUAGCCACGCUUUCCAACGUUCUCACCUUCUAUCUAGCAGGGGUAGCUCUUCUACUCUGUUGUAUUACCCCGAUGCUGACAUUGUUAAUAAAGCUCUUUCUCAGGGGUGGCCUUUCUUCCUUCGCCAGUAGCGUAUCUGUAACCUUGAUGUCCCGGCUCGUGCUCAAUCUUCACCAAACAACUGAUACAGGCGUUGUGUCGGACAAUAGCGACUCCACACCAGAAGCGGAUUCGUCUGAUAAUGAGACUGACUUGGAGGAGUCCGCUGUGUAA